CGCUGCUAUAGAUCUAGUGUGUACAGAGGAUGGGGGGAAAAUGCGGAGAGAGAUGCGCCAAGAACUCGCAGCAUUUUUGCAUCUAAUAGAUUGAUUAAUGGGAUUCCUACUGCGUCAGGCUCGCCCUUUCACGUCCACCCAUGGCCAGCAGCUUCAGUCAACCCCGCGGCCGAGAAUUGAUUACUAAUAAAUCCUUCUGUUCAUCAUGCCAAUGGGAUGGGAUGUACCAGCGGCAUCGUGCCGUCACGUCAGAAUGCUUACAAAGCUGUUCGAACCUACGGACGGUCGUGUACGCCCUAGAAUGACAUCGUCUCAGGACGCAAUCGUCCGGGGAUUUAAAGCCACAGCUAGAAGUGCUCUGGAGGACAGACUACAGGGCUCGUAAACCACUUUACGGCUUCCUUGGACUUGCUAUCCAUUCUUGUCCGGCGUUAAGCUCGACAUUCGCCAUGGCGUUCUUCACAAUGGCGAUGCCCUGGAACGAAGGCGAAGAAAGGAUGCAGCAGCUCAUGCAUGUCCCGGAGCGUGGAAACCCUACGGCUACCACGUUGACGCCUCAAGCAAUGUACCUCCUCCAACGUGCACCCCUUUUGGCCAUUGGCACUCUAGAUUCACAAGAGAGGCCAUGGACAACUCUAUGGGGUGGUCAAACUGGAUUCUCCGAACAUCUCGGUGGUAAGAUGAUCGGAACCCGGACGCUUGUCGAUGGGGAAAAAGAUCCCGUGGUUCAGGCACUGGCUGGUGGAGCUACGACGAAUGGGGAGAUGAUACAGGGGAAUGACAAGAUGGUCUCGGGGCUAACCAUUGACUUGAUGAUGAGGAAAAGGGUCAAACUGUUUGGUCGCGUGUUGGCUGCGAGUUUAGGGGAAGCCAAAGUGCAAGUCGAAGGUGAUGAACAGCAGCAGGAUGGAGUACCCCGGGCGCAGCACCAGCUUCAACUUGUCACGAACAUCGAGCAGAGUUUGGGAAACUGCCCAAAGUACCUGAACCAAUACGAACUCAAGCCGACCUUGGUCACGUCGAAGCUCACAUCUCAAUCGCCCUCGCUCUCUGCCGAGGCCAAAACGCUGAUAUCUCAAGCGGACAUGUUCUUUCUCACCACCAGUACGCCAACAGAUAUGGAUACGAACCACAGGGGUGGCCCUGCAGGCUUUGUCCGAAUUCUCUCCGACACUGAAAUCGUAUACCCGGAAUACUCCGGCAAUCGCUUCUACCAAAGUCUGGGCAACCUGCAGAUAAACCCGCGCAUUGGCCUCGUGUUUCCCAACUACGACACUGGCGAUGUGCUGUACAUGACGGGCACGGCGGAGGUUCUGGUACUGGACGAUGCGGCGAAGCUACUGCCAGGAAGCAAUCUGGCGGUCAAGAUAACUACCGAGGAAGUCCGGUAUGUGGCAUCUGGUCUGCCUUUCCGAGGAAUCAGGAAUACGCCUUCGCCAUAUAACCCAGCCGUGAGAACACUAGCUUCCGAAGGAAAUAUCAAGGCCUCGUAUGCCUCAUGCCCUCGUCAAUCCGCCACGCUCAUCGAUAGGACGUUGAUAACCCCAACCAUCGCUCGUCUCAGGUUUUCCACUCCCGAAGGCAUCUCAUAUAAGCCUGGUCAAUGGGUUGCCCUGGACUUCUCGAAAGAGCUGGAUAUGGGAUACUCACACAUGCGGGACGAUGAUCCGACGAGCCUGAACGAUGAUUUCAUACGAACAUUCACGAUAUCGUCGAAACCAGACGAAGAGCCCGACAUGAGCAAAGAGUUCGAGAUCACAAUUCGCAAAGUCGGUCCCGUGACGAGCUUCCUCUUCAGAACGAAUGAUAUAGGAAGCUUGCAAAUUCCAGUUCUGGGUGUGGGCGGAGAGUUCUACAUAGAGCGAAAUGAAAAGGAAAUCAGUUUCGUAGCUGGCGGUGUUGGUAUCACGCCACUACUUAGCCAAUGGCCAUCGCUUUCAGAAGAUCACUUGACAAAGCUCAACCUGUUCUGGUCGAUCCGCGCAGAAGACAUCGAUUUUGUCGCUGACGUCUUUGAACGGUAUCCGGGUCUGGCACGGCGCACGCAGGUAUAUCUGACCGGAUACAAAGAUUUCGAAGAUGUGAAUGAAAAAAUAAAGAAAAUAGAUGAGCAAGGAGCCACGGUUAGAAAACAGAGGCUAACGAAGGAUGGUCUAAAUGGCUCGAAUAAGUGGUAUAUUUGCGCUUCGAAGGGGCUGCGCAAGGUUUUGUUGGAGUGGUUGGAGGGAAAAGAUGUGGAGUUUGAGGAUUUUGAUUAUUGAGGCAGUCAUGACAAUGUUUCAGCUCAGGAAGAUCUAAGUGGUUUGUUUAUUCUCAAUUGGAUAUGACUGACUUCUUCGCGCACUCCACCGAAUCGAGUAUGAAGCGCGGUGUAGGGACACCCUCUACCUAGUAGAAGCAGACGGGACAGUGGUAUGGCUCACUUUAUGAGCUUAUAUAUGAACCCUACAAAACAUUGCC